UCAAGUUAUGGAACAAAUGCAAAGCAAUGUGGUUGUCAAAGAGCACUCAGAGGACCUACCUCUUACAUCGUCAUAUGAAUCUUCCAUGGAAGCACUUUCCUCUCUCAUUAUAAGUAAAAAACGUGGAGACGGAUCAUCUGUUGGUGGUAAAUAUGAAAAAUUGGAGAGGAUGACGAUGUAUCUCAAGAUACUAGACUUGGAGAAAGACAUAGGAGGACUCAGAAUUAUUCAUGUAGCUGGAACCAAGGGACAUGUGUUUCUUCUUACCAUAAACUAUAUAUGCUUGAUAAAUCAGACUUAGACUUUCAGAAACUUAGCACCGUUCUUUGAAAUAUAUUAUGAUAUCAAACCGUCAUAAUGCCAUUUACUAAUAAGGUCCUCAAACAAGGACAUGUUUC